GUACCGCGCUUUGAAACGUGGUUUUGUUUUCAUGAAUGUGAUGAAGAAAACAAAAUAGGCCUAGAGUAGAGACACACCAAAGUCAAAAGAAUAAAAUUAAGUGAAUAUUUACCGCCAGAGGUAUAUCAAUAUUAUUUCCUAUCGUACUAUAAUGUUAGCUGGAAAUUUCUACGCGAAGUUGUGAGAUUAUGGCAUGAUUGAGAAUGGACACCAUAUCAUACUCCGAAACUCCAAAUCAAAGGAGAAAGAAAUCUGGUUCCCCCAAGAAAAAUAGAAGUAUGAGAGGUCAUCCAGAGGGCAACAGUAUUCUACAUAAAGAAAAACUUAAAAUGACACUUCCUUCCAUGAUCAAGGAUGACAGCAUUUCGCCCUCAAAAAAGAAAAAACAUGGACUUUCAGAUAAUUUAGAUGAUUCUACCGACAAAUAUUACACACAUAAAUCAAAACAUUUUGAUCUGACAGAAAAUUUACUAGAUAGAAGCACACCAGAUUCACUUGGUGAAAUAAGUUCAAUUGCUCACAUGUCAGAGAUGACUAUGCAUACAACUGGCAUACGUAAAAACCGCAAAGGAGAUGUGACUUUUGAGAAAGCUGUUCAACGAGCUAGAGGAACUCCAGAUGGAGCAGAAAAGUCUUUUGCAGUGAAGAAUACUAACAAAAUAUCACAAGAAACUAAAGAAAAGUCAAAGAAAUUAUUAGAUGAAGAGUUAGAGUUAUGUACUAAAGAAAAUUCACCAGCAAUAAAGAAACAUGAUUCAAUAAAACCAUUAGAAAGGAAAAAAUCUAUUAAGCUUCAGAUCAAACAAGCCGCUAAGAAACUGAAAGGCUUGAAGACUAAAGGUAACUUAGAGAAGAGUAGAAAUCUACAAAAAAAGAAAUUACCAGAUGCCUCACAUUCAAUGUUACAUGAUGAUACAAUGGUGAAGAAAGCUAAAACCAAAGACAUGAAUUGGAAAGACAGAAGAACAGCUUCUAGAAUUGCUAAAAAUCAUUAUCAGCUAAUACAGAAUUCUAAACUUAUAUGGGAACAAUUGAGAAAAAAAGAUUUAUCAGAUCAGAAGAGAAUAGAACACUGUACAGAAUUAUAUACAGGUGUUAAAGGUAAAAUAGCCGAGUUUUCAUUAGCUCACGAUACAGCCCGUAUGAUACAGUGUUUAAUCAAAUAUGGUACAGCAAUUCAAAAAGCUUCAGUUUUAGAUGAAAUAAAAGAUUCAAUCGUCAAUCUGUGUAAAUCUAAAUAUGGUAAAUUUGUAGUAAUGAAGAUGAUGAAGUAUGGAAACAAAUUUCAGCGAAGUCUUAUUCUAAAACAGUUACAUGGUAAAGUUGUUAAACUGAUUCGACAUAAGGAAUCUAGUGAAGUUAUAGAGAAUGUUUUUGCUGAAUAUGCUACAGGACCACAGAAACUAACUUUAUUAGAAGAAUUCUAUGGCCCAAGUUUUGUAUUAUUCCAGACCCAAACAGCUAAAUCAUUAGAUCAGAUUAUAGAGGAACAACCUAAUAAAAAAGAAAUAAUAUUAAGCAAUAUGAAAGAAACUCUACUAUCUCUUAUUGACAAAGAGGUUUUACUACAUUCUAUGGUACACAGACUGUUCUUUGAAUUUUUUAAUUAUGCAGAAGGAAAAAUGAAAACAGAAAUGAUAGAAGCUUUAAGAGAAGGUUGUGUUAAUAUGGUACAUACUAGAGAGGGUGCUAGAGCUGUCAUGCAUUGUUUAUGGCACGGAACAGCUAAGGAUCGUAAAGUUAUAUUAAAGAGUUUUAAAACACAUAUAUUAAAGAUAUGUAAAGAACAGUAUGGUUUUCUCGUUAUGUUGGCUGUAUUUGAUUGUGUUGAUGAUACAAAAAUAGUUCAAAAAAUUAUUCUAGAUGAAAUACUCCAAUCAUUAAGUGAAAUAGCAGAUGAUCAGUAUGGUAGAAAAGUCUUAUUUUAUAUUCUGGAACCAAGAGACCCUGUUCACUUUCAUCCUGAUGUUCGACAUAUACUAGAACUGGGUGAUAAAAAUCUUACAAGUAAGAAAGAUAUGAGUGUCCGGCAUAAAGAAUUACUAGACCAAGUAUCACCUAAAUUAAUACAGUAUGUUCUAGAUAAUGUUAAAGAUCUAGUAUUUGAUAAUACUAAAUUAUUAUUAACAUUAUCUAUAAUUAUACAUGUUACAGUUGAUAGUACCGCUGCUAUGGAAGCUAUAGCUGAUAUUGCUGCUGAACCAUUUACUACUGGUGCUGAUAAAAUGCAUAUUGUAGAACAUCAUGUUGGUCAUCUUGUUAUUAAACGGUUGAUAAAUCAAGAUAAAAAACGACUUGAAAAAUGUGAAGAAGUUCUGUUUUCUACCAUAUUAUUGGAGAAAGUACCAGAAGGUAGUAUGAAGUCAUGGGCAGCAUGUAACCGAGGAUGUUUAAUAUUAGUUAAUUUGAUUGAAUUAGAAUGUGCAGAAGUCACAGAGGCAGUCACACAACAGUUGAUACCUAUAAAAAAAUCCUUACGCAAAUUGAAUUUCAAGGGAGCCCAAGUGUUGCUUCAGAAAUUAGAAAAUCCUACAUCUUCCAAACCACGCAUGAUAGACUUGUAAACUGUUUUAUAUUCUUUAUAAAUUUGGUUAAUAAUGUAUAUGUGUAUAGGUUUUUGAUAAAUAUGCAAAUAUUUUUAUUAUAAAACUAGUGUUAUCUUUUCUUACAUGCAUGCUCUUAAAAAAACAUGAAUAUCUUAUUCUCCUAGUAGGUUUUAAGAAAUUGUUGAAAUUUUGUUCAUUAUCUUUUAAAAUACCAACUAGUUUUAGAAAAUGUCAGAGGAAGAUACAGGCCUCGACUAAAAUAAGGUGAAUGUAAACUUGAGUUUAUAAAUAAUUCAAGGUAAUAUUUGUAUAAAAUAAUACUGAUUAGAAUUAAAUUGAUUAUAAGGUCAUUUUUACCAUGUUUACUACUAAUUGGUACUAGGACGGAUAAAAAAUCUCUUGUCAUCUCCCAAAUAUUUAGCAGAAUAAAUAUGUAAAAGCAGUCAUUGUUACUGUUUCUAGCCAAUCCUAUGUAAAUAAAUAUGUUGUUGAUCAUAA